AUGCUCAAUGACCGCGAUACGCAGAACAUCUCCGCCGACAUGACGAACCCCUUCAUGGCGAAAUGCCUCUCUCCGACCAAGUCUCGUCCGGCGAGCCGGGACAGGGACAGAGAGAAUCACGAUGAUCCUAUGGCUGCUCUGCGCGAGGGGCUGGGCCGGAUGGACAUCGCGACAUCUAGUGGAGGUGGGAUGGCUGGGGAGGAUAAGAAGGGGAAAGACGGCGGACGCGGGCGGGAUCUGGACCGAUUUGUCCCAUCGCGUCCACCAUCUAUCCAUCACUCAUCACACUCCUCGAUCACUCUCCCCACUCUCGCGCUCGACACGCCUGACGUAUCGAUUAACGACCAAUCAGCACACGACGUCUCAUCCGCGUCAAUAUCCGCCUCCCUCGGUAUCCCUACCGGACAGCGCCGGAUCCUCUCUUUCCGCGCAGCUCCACCUCGAGCCUCACACGCAACCUCUCACCUCGACUAUCAACGCAACUACCUCCUCCACUCCUCAGCGUCCGCGUCUCGCGGCACAACAACCACCGGUCCAGGCGCGAGCGGAAAGAAGCGGAGUCCACCAUAUAUUCCGGACCGGGUCCUCGAUGCCCCUGGCUUCCAGGAUGAUUACUACCUCAACCUCAUCGAUUGGAGCUCUGCCAAUCGCGUGGCGAUCGCGCUGGGGGAUAUGGCGUAUGUGUGGGAUGCGGAGACCGGGAGUGUCACCUCCCUCGGAGAGGGAACAUCCGCUCAAAUACCAAUAACAUCCGUCUCGUGGUCUACCGAUGGGUGCUACCUCGCUGUCGGACUCGAUACGGGAGACGUGGAGAUCUGGGAUGUGGAAGAAGGCAAGAAGAUGCGGACGAUGACGGGUCACUCUGCAAGAGUACCGAGUAUGAGCUGGUUCGGACAUACCUUGUCGAGUGGGUGCAAGGAUGGCAGUAUAUGGCACCAUGAUGUCCGAGUGGCGAGGCAUAAGGUCAUGGAGCUGUCGGGUCAUACUGGAGAAGUAUGUGGCCUGACAUGGCGAGCGGAUGGAGGGUUGCUUGCCAGUGGAGGGAACGACAAUGUCGUCAAUUGCUGGGAUGGUCGUAUCGGCGCGUCAGUAUUGCAGACGGAUGAUGGGGUACCCAAAGCCACCGCAAAGUGGACAAAACGGAACCAUACCGCUGCUGUCAAGGCUCUCGCAUGGUGUCCCUGGCAAAACUCCCUCCUCGCCACCGGUGGUGGAUCAGCAGACCAGCACAUCCACUUCUGGUCCAGCACGACCGGAGCACGUACCAACUCCCUCAAGGUCGGCUCGCAAGUCACCUCGCUCGUCUUCUCCCCGCACGCAAAGGAGUUACUCUCGACGCACGGGUAUCCCGAUAACAAUAUCACCGUGUGGACGUAUCCGGGCCUGGCGAGGGUGUAUGAUGUGCCAGCGCACGAUGCGAGGGUGCUGUGUUCGGCGAUCAGUCCGGAUGGGUGUACGGUGGCGACGGCGGCGAGUGAUGAGAAUCUCAAAUUCUGGAAGAUAUGGGAGGUACCGCAGGGCAAGAAGGGACAGGAUAGUGGGGAGGGGCGGGGGAAGAUGACGGCGGGUCUGAGGUAG